AUGUCCGACAUCGCGAAGGAAAGGAUAGCAGCACUGGGGAGCCAGCUUUCCCCGCAAAGCGACAGCAGCACCUUCGAAGGCAUACCGGCCAUCAGGAAGGUCGCCGGCAGCGCCAAUGGGCCCAGAGUCGAGGGCAAGGUUGUCAUCAUCACUGGAGCGAAUUCCAUACUAGGCAUUGGCAGAGCAAGCACCCACCUGUUUGCCGAGAGCGGCGCCCGCGCUCUCUACGUCUGCGACUUCGACGACAAGAACCUGGACGCGCAUAGGCGUGAGAUCGGCUCCCUAUAUCCUACGGUAGACGUCCAUGUUCGACAGUUCGAUGCGGCGGAUGAGGAAGCCGUAAAGGCCGUGGUGGACGAUGCUCUGGCAAAAUACGGGAGGCUCGACAUCUUCUUCGCGAAUGCCGGAAUAGUCGGCCCUGUUGCUCCAUUCACGGGCUUCGAGAAGAGCGAGUUCAUGAAGAUCAUGGACACGAAUGUGGCGAGCGUGUUCCUUGCCGCCAAGUAUGCGGCACCGGCUAUGACAAAAACAUCACCAGAAAAGCCAGGGGCUUCGGGCAGUAUUAUUGGCACUGCCUCUGUGGCCGGACUACGGUCAAACGCCGGCACAACACCGUACGCUGCAUCCAAGGCCGCCGUGGUGUCACUCGCCCAGACCAUAGCCUACCAGCUGACAGGGACGGGGGUCCGUAUGAAUUCCAUCUGCCCUGGCCUGAUCGAAACUGGCAUGACAGCACCGACCUUUGAGGUUGCUCGCGCGCGGGGCACCGAGAAGAAGAUUGGGCAGCUGAACCCGAUGAAGCGAGCUGGAGUAGCUGACGAAGUCGCGCGAGUUGCCCUCUUCCUCGGGAGUGACGAAGCCAGCUAUGUCAACGGUCAAGCCUGGGCCGUCGAUGGUGGGCUCAGUGCCGGCCAUCCCUUCGUGCCUGGAAAAAUGGCGUGA